GGGCUCAAAACCAAGACCCCGAGCACCCAGUCUGGGCACAAAACCCCUUCCGGGGCCUGCCCCCGCCAUGGCCGCGCGGCCUCAGACGAAGUUGAGCCAGGCCGAGAUGCUCGAGAGGCUGACCGCUGCGCCGUUCAAGCAGACGAGGGCGGUGCCCAAGGAUCGGGCGACGGGAUCUAUGCGCAGCCGCCGCCCCUGGCCAGGCACCCGCGCCUUCGAGGGCGAGCGCGCCGCGCGGCCCCUCCACUCCUCGACCGCCGCGGGCUGCGGCACCUCCGCGCACUACCAGGACCGGGAGGAGAGCAAGCUGAUCGUCGGCUACAUCGAAGAAGAAGCAGCGGCACAGACGGUCGCCGAGAGCCAGGAGUACGUCAAGACGUCGAGGGCCAACCGCCUGGGCGAAGGACGCUGGGUCGGAUAUCCGUCGAGCCAGCCUCUGUCCGGGUCGCCCGAAGAAGGCACGAACGAGCUACAAGGGCUGGCCGCGUGGGUCCACGGCGCGGCCAGCGUGGUCGGCUUCCGGACCGGGGGCUUCCUGCUGUGCGCAGACAAGGUCACGGCGGACCAGUGCGUCAAAGUGUUCGAGACUCUGGGGCUGCUCUGCGCGCUGCUGCUCACCGUCGGGGUGAACAUCUUCGUUGGCCUGAUCGGCCGCAUCAUUUUUCGGGGCCCGAUCAUUUUCUUCGCGGUAGGCCUGGGCCUGCUGUGCGGGGAGAUAGUGCUGUACUUCAGGUCGUCAAGCAGCCAGGCAGCAGUAGAGCAGCGCCUCGCGCCGGCUCCAGCGCUGGAGGGCCUGCGCGCGCGCCCGGAGGCGUACGUGGCGCUGGGCCAGGUCGUGGAGAGGGGCCGCGCCGCCGCGCGGGCCGCGGCGCAGAGCAGCAGCUGUGACGGCUGCCUCGAGGCAGUGAUCGACGGCAGCGCGGCCGUCGAGCGGGCGGCGCUGCUGGAGGCCCUGGCGGCGCUGGCGGCGCGCACGGAGCUGGGCGCGGUGGAGCGCGCGCGGGUCGUCGCGUCGGAGGCCGCCGGAGGACCUGGCAAGCCUGGCGCCGCAGCGCUCGGACGCGGCCGCUUCGCAUCCGUCGUGGGCGCCACCGUGAUGGACGCGGCCGACGGCGCCGGGGCUGUCCAGGUCGCCGCCAAGCGUUUCGCCGCCCGGGCGCGGGCCGUGGACGGCGGCGAGGUGCCCUUUGUGCCGCUCUCCGCGCUGCGGUCCGCCAGGCGCGAGGCCCGCGCCCUUCUCGCGGUGCUCGGGCACGCCAACGUUGUCGAGCUGCUCGGGGUGGUGGCGCCUUUGGCCGCCGCGGCGGCUCCUUCGCCCGUCGGCAGCCUGGACGGGGAGAUGCAGGCGUCGCCGCCGCUGCAGCUGCUCCUCCGCAGGUCUGACGGCUCCCUGUCGGGGCUGCUGGGCUCGGGCGCGGACUGGGAGGGGCUCGGGCGCCCGGGGCGCCUGUCGCUGCUGCGGGACGCGGCGCGCGGGCUGGCCGCCUUGCACGAGGCCCUCGGGCGCCGGACGCGACGGCGGCGCAGCGGCCGAGGACCGGCGCGAGCGCGGCGCGUGGGCUGCCCGCAUCUGCGACCUGGGCUCCGCGGCGGUGGUCGGCGGGGUCACGCCGCGGUCGCCGCUCGGGGGCACCUCGGGGUGGACCGCCCCGGAGGCCGCCGCCGCCGCCACGGCGAUCUGCCAGAUCUGCGGAUGGCAGACGUCUUCAGCUUCGGCGUGGUCAUCUGGGAGGCCGUGGCCGGCCCGGGCGCGCAGAACCCGCUGCAGGGCCUGGCGGGGGAGGCCUACUGCGAGGCGGUGGCUGCAGGGCGGCGCCCGCCUUUCGCCGCCGGCGCCGCCGGGACCGAGGAGGCGAUGCUGGCCGAAGAGUGCUGGCAGCUGGACUCGAGCAGCCGCCCCGCGAUGGCGGAGGUGGUGGGCCGCCUCGAGGCGAUGAUGGGCCCGGCGGAUCCGGACGCCGCCCUGAAGCACGACCCAAGCGCUAUCUCCCCAAGGAGCGGCGCGCACGCGAAGCUGAAGCUGUAG